GAUUAUUAAGUACUAGAGCAAACUUCCAGAAAACUGAAAAAGAGCUGAAACUCUGAGUUUCUAUGAAUCAAAACUAAAACCCACCUGGUUAGAGCUGCUUUAGAACCAUAAUAAAUGGAAUAUUGACCAACAUAUUUGAUGUAUUUUGAUGAUUUUCAUGUUGACACUCGAUAAAUUGUAAUGUUUGCCACCAGUUUCUCUAAAUAGUGACUCUAUGUUAUUUUUAUGGGUUUUAAUUUUUGUAUUUUUAUGAAGUAAAGCACUUCCAGCUGCCUUGUUGCUGAAAUGUGCUAUUAAAAUAAAUUUAAUUGAUAGAUAGUUUCACUAGCAGAAUGCUUUGAUAAUGUCUUGUUAUAAGUGAAAAAGUAUUUCUGAAAAGUUAUCUGUAAGUUAGUUUUGUCUUGUUUUAAGUGUAAUAAGAUAUUUGGACUAUAACUGGAUAAAAUCUACCUGGUCAGACUUUGAGUUUUUGCAGUGUUCUGUCCUGUUUGCCUGGCAUUGAUCCAUCUAAUUGGGCCUCAAGUUAAAGAUUUUUUGCUCGUUUCAUCAAAAUGACACAAAGUCCAACUUUUAACAUCCUGUUGGGUCUAAAGUCUGUCUGCAGGUGGAACAGCUGUUAUCCCAUCAGUCGGAUCAUGUUUGUGUCUUGAGCUCCUGAUUUGUGUUGGUCGUUGUGAAAGUUUCCUAAGUGGGGUGCGGGGGUGCGUGGGGGUGUGUGUGUGUAUGUGUGUGUGUGUGAGGGAGGAGUUUAGUGCGUUUCUCUCAGCCUCCCUGCUGGGCUGAGUCACUCAGCCUGGGAAGAUUGCAUGGAGCCUAAACUUAGCUUCCUUGUGGGAGCAAACGGCAGCGUCCCCUUACUGAAGAAAGGCUUUGCAUCUGUUUGUCCUGCCGGUCUGAAACCUGCGUGCCGCCAAAGCCGGAGCACCUGCUGAGUCCAGUGUCUCCUCUGCAGCCGCCGCUGGGCAGCGUCCAGAAAUCCCCGCUGAGAUUCAUCAUGGAGGACGGAGGAGGAAAGCCGACCACCACGCCGCGCGACAGGGUCAAACCGUCCAAGGUGUCGGACCUGAUCAGCCGCUUUGAGGAGAACCGCAGCGCAGACAACAAGAGAGACGGCUCGGCGCUCAAACAGACCAGCAAGGUGUCCAGCUCCAGCUCGGCUCUCCGCGUCUGCCAGCUGACCGACAUCAGCAAGAUUCAGGAGAAGUUCUCGUCCCCGGCAGCCGCGACGCAGGAUGCCAAGAGGCCAGCGGCCAACGGGGUGCUAGCACAGAUGGAGCAGGACAAGGAGACGGAGGAGGAGACGCACCACAGCGUGAGGACAGAGACUGCUGAGCUCGUAAACGGAGAUUUGGAAAGACCAGAUGAGGUGGACGAUCAUUCAGCUUCACAGCACUCGGACAGGACCGGUGCUGAGAAUGAGGACAGGGAGAAAACAACAGAAACUCAGCAGAAGAGUGAAGAGGGACACUCUGAGCAAAAGGAGACGAACGAGCAGAAGCUGUUUAAGAUCGCCAGCGAGCUGCUGCACACGGAGAAGGCGUACGUGGCCCGACUCAACCUGCUGGACCAGGUGUUCUGCACCAAGAUGAUGGAGGAGGCGAAUAAAGGCACUUUCCCUCUGGAUGUGGUGAAGAACAUCUUCUCCAACAUCGCCUCCAUCCACGCCUUCCACAGCCAGUUUCUGCUUCCUGAUCUGGAGAAACGCAUGGGGGAAUGGGCGUCCACACCGCGGAUCGGCGACAUCCUGCAGAAACUCACCCCCUUCCUCAAAAUGUACGCUGAGUACGUGAAGAACUUCGACAAGGCCAUGGAGCUGCUGAAGCAGUGGACCGACCGCUCGCCGCCGUUCAAGGCCAUCAUUCAGGAGAUCCAGAGUCAGGAGAUCUGCGGCAGCCUGACGCUGCAGCAUCACAUGUUGGAGCCGGUGCAGAGAGUUCCCCGAUACGAGAUGCUGCUGAAGGAUUACCUGAAGAAACUUCCUCAGAACGACCCGGACCGCAGCGACGCAGAAAAAUCAUUAGAAAUCAUCGCCACAGCAGCCACCCACUCCAACAGCGCCAUUAGGAAAUCUGAAAACCUGAAGAAGCUGAUGGAGAUUUACGAGAUGCUGGGUGAAGAGGAGGACAUCGUUCAUCCGUCCAACGAAUUCAUCAAGGAGGGCCACAUCAUGAAGCUGGCCGCCAGGAACACCUCCACCAUGGACAGAUACCUGUUCCUGUUCAACAACAUGCUGUUGUACUGCGUGCCUAAAUUCAGCCUGGGCGGACCCAAAUACACGGUGCGGACCCGGAUCGGGAUCGACGGCAUGAAGGUUGUGGAAACGAGCAACGAGGAUCAUCCUCACACCUUCCAGGUGUCGGGCAAAGAACGGAUGCUGGAGCUCCAGGCCGGCUCAGAGCAAGACAAGGCGGGAUGGAUCAAGGCUUUCCGGGAGACCAUCGAUAUCUUCCAGCAGAAGAACGAGUCAUUCAAGAACGCUCUGAAGGACGUGGAGGAAGUUUCGAAAGCUGAGCUGGGGAAGCGGGCUCCUCGCUGGAUUCGUGAUAAUGAAGUGACGAUGUGCAUGAAGUGCAGGGAGCCUUUCAACGCCAUCACACGGCGGCGGCAUCACUGCAGAGCCUGCGGUUAUGUGGUUUGCUGGAAAUGCUCAGACAACAAGGCACACCUUGAAUACGACAACUACAAAGUGAACAAAGUCUGCAAAGACUGCUACUCCAUCCUGACAGGAGAAGGGGUCACCGGGGGCCGAAGGAAGGGCAUCCUGGAGAUCGAAGCGGCUCAGUUCACAGACAGCAGCAUCAUGUCAGGCUUCCUGCAGCACUCUGAGAAAGGAGGCAAGCUGUGGCAGCGGGUCUGGUGUGUGAUCCCAGAGAAAGAGUGUCUGGUGCUCUACCUGUACGGAGCUCCACAGGACGUGAAGGCCCUGUGCACCAUCCCGCUGCUGGGCUACACGGUGGAGGACGCCGACACGCCGGCCAGCUUCCGCCUGUCCCAGUCCAAGUUUGUCCACACCUUUGCUGCUGAGAGCGAGGAGCUGAAGCAGCGCUGGCUGAAGGUCAUCCGAGCGGCGGUGACCGGAGAGAUGCCGGCGCGGCCCGAAACCAACGGCGGCGAGAACAGCGGCACGCAGGAAGCUAAUCCUGACGACACCUAGGAGGGUCGUCCGCUCACUCGGCCUGCUGCGGGACUUUCCUCCGCGUCCAACCCGCUGCCGGACUGUCCAGGACCCAAAGACGUCCUCUGUCCUGUCCUCCAGGACGCAGCGGGACGACGGGAUAAGCUGCCGUCUCCAGGGUUUUCUCCUGCUAUCUGUGCUGGAUUCCUAACGUUUCUGGUACAAUCAACACUAGAGCAGAGGGCUUCAGGACGCACCUCCUGCCUCGAUGAGCAGCACUAUAUAAAGGAACAUUCAGACUCAGUCUUUCAGGAGAUGGGACUCAAACUACGUCUGCUGGUGCUGUAAAUCUCUUUCUUGUACAGAACGCUUUUUAUAUAUAUAAAAAAACAACACUUUUUUCAUUUAUGUACAAAAAUUCAGUCUCAAGCUUUUCUGUUAUGAAAAAGAGGAACAUCUAAACAUCAUCGAAAAUAUUCGCAGUAUUCCCUCUGACUGGAGCGCCGGAGGAGACGGUUUUAAAACGAAGAACAUGAAGCUGGAUUCUCAUCUCUUCACUCAAUCUGCUGAAACAAGAGACAAACAUAAAAAUUAUGUGAUGCAGAUUAAAAACUAUAUUUAUUACACAUUAUUUGAAGCAUGGUAAACCUGUGCUUUAAAUAAUUAAACCUUCAUUAGCAAAAUAAAUGGGAUUCUUUUUUGUUGUUAAAAUCUUGUCUCAUUUUCACGUUAAGCAUGUAAUCACAUUGUAUUUAUUUAAAAAUCCAAGUGAAAAAAUGUUAGGAUAAACAUUUCUGCUGCAAUCAAAAGCUUCUUUACUGUAAAAUCUCCCAUUUUUCUAUCACUACUUACGUUUAAUGAGGUGUAUCCUAAAGAUAAGACAGUAAAACAUCAACAGGUUGACACUAGACAGGCUCUCCAAAAUCUUUCCUAAAUUAUGGAAUAAAUAGACAUGAGCUAACAUGUAUGUAUAACUCAACAUGUAUGAGCUAUACAUACAUGUUAAUCUCUAUGAUCUAUGCAGAUUUACAAUCUGAUCAGAUUUGGUUUUCUUUGUGUCUGUGCUGCUGCCACGUGUUUAGCAUUGAGAUGCUAUUUCAGGCUAGCAUAGCUUUGCUGACAGGCUAACUGCUUUUAGUACAACUUGAACACAACAGUAGUAUUUUCCAGCGUCCAAUCAGAUCAGUUUAUUAGUGGAAAUUAACGGAGAACAGCGGCUUUGUUCUCUAGCGCUGUUGUUUUGCGGACGUUGCUUGUGCGUCAGAUUUACAGGCGUACCAAAUAUGUUCCGCUCGGAACAUUUGUAUGUAAAACCUUACAGUGAUUAAUUACGUUAAAAUGUUAAAGCACAAAUAUAUGUAAUCAAUCAACUGAAAUUAACGCGUUAAAGUCCCGGCUGCAUGUUAAACAUAAGUUUGAAUACAAAAAGCCUAAAGAUGCCACUGCUGUAAACAAACCACAUAAAAUGCAUAACUCUAAUAUUUUUUCGCUCCCUUAUUGGAUUCAUGUUAAUGUUUAUUUAAAGAUUAACAUUGAAACUAAUACCGUAAAAUAUCAACUCAUUGAAGACCUCUGCAGAUCACGUCAUUUUUCCUGUUUGUCUCUCCGAUUCAGAUUUAGCUCAAACGUUCGUUUGACCGGAUAUGACGCAACGUCUGCGGAAAUUAAUAUCUCCACGUUACUGACGGCAGGAAAUGACAGAAAGUCCUUUAGGGAAAUCAUCAGAACUAUUAAACAUAUUUGAUUUAAAUGUAUGUUGCCGUUUGCAUCAAAAUAGCAGUUUAGUAUUUUAACCACGGCUGGAGGGAGAGAAAUGGUUUGUCUUAAUGUUUCAGUGUGAUGAUGGAGAAGCAGCACAAUCAGACACAGCCAGCCGAUGAAACAAGUGUAAAUGUGUUUUUACUGCUGUAGUUAUUUUUUAUUUAAAGUAAUUUAUAGAGUAUGAUGGACUGUUGAAUGCAGCACAAACUUGUUUCUUCGCAGUCAGCUGAGGAAAGCAACCAACUGGUCAAAUGGCCGCCAACAUUGACUUUGAGGGGAAAUGUGCCAAUUGUUUUAUUUUUGCUCAUCUCUGAACCGUUCCCCUCUGCAGUAUUCAAAUAAACAAAAACAAUAGAGCACAAACCCUGUGAUGAAUCUGAAUGUAAAUCUAUACUUCUGUCUUCAUCGCCUUCCCAAACAUUUGAGAAUCUACGCACUUUACACCCUGAAAGAAACAAAAGUGUACCUGCAAAGAAAAUAAAAGACAUAAGUGGUCUGUGCUGAUCUUGUAUUAUUUAAAAGCCAUUUCUGGCUUGUUUAGUUUGUCAGGCUGCUUCACACGGUUUUGGUUCCCCGUUUUGCUUCUCCUGUCGGGUUUUCACAGUGACUCAACCCAGAUGAGUGAAGUUCCCCCCCCCACCUUCAAAUCACACAAAAAUGGUGUCAAUCAACUCGACUACACUUGGCUUUGAAGAUAUGAAUGACAUUUUAAAGGUAAUUUUGAUUUUGCAAAAGUGGUGGGGUGGGGAAUGGUUGACCUUUUGACCUUUAAACUUUCAUUCAUAUCUUCAAAGUCAAAGCAACACCAACAAAAGUUUUGCUGCAAAUCGUAGUCGAGUUGACACCAAUUUUGUGA